AUGGAGAGCUCCAGAGAACGGCGGGAGGGCGUUCCCGUGCCGCCGCAGUCGCCCUUACCGCAGUCCCGCGAACUCGGCGGCGCAACACCACAAAUAGCGACCAAGGAAUCGCCCUUUGCCAAAUCAUGGCCGCACCUAGUCGCUGGAGGAGCUGGAGGCAUGACAGCAGCCGUCCUGACCGCCCCCCUCGACGUCCUGAAAACCCGACUCCAGUCCGACUUCUACCAGGCCCAACUCCGCGCCGCGCGCGCAGCCCUCGCAAGCCAAGCGCGCCUGAACCCCUUCCAGUCGGCCCGAUACCACAUGGCCGAGACGGUGCAGAUCCUGCGCGACGUGUACCGGAUAGAGGGGCCGCGGGCGCUGUUCCGGGGGCUCGGGCCGAACCUGGUGGGCGUGGUGCCGGCGCGCAGCAUCAUGUUCUACGUGUACGGGACGGGCAAGCGCGCCUACUCGCAGUGGACGGGGUGGGCGCCCGAGAACCCGGCCGUGCACCUCGCCAGCGCCGUGACGGCCGGCAUCGCGACCGGCACGGCCACGAACCCCAUCUGGCUCGUCAAGACGCGCCUGCAGCUCGACAAGAACGACGCGGAGCGCAAGUUCGGCGACGUCGGCCGCCGCCGCUACCGCAACAGCUGGGACUGCAUUCGCCAGGUCAUGCGCAACGAGGGCCCACGCGGCUUCUUCAAGGGCCUCAGCGCUAGCUAUCUGGGCGUCUCAGAGAGCACGCUCCAGUGGAUGAUGUACGAGGAGCUGAAGCGCCAGCUGCGGGUGCGCGAGGACAAGAUCGUCGAGAGCGGGCGCGAGAAGGGCUGGUGGGACCACACGGUCGAUUGGACCGGCAACUUCAUGGGCGCCGGUGCCGCCAAGGGUCUGGCGGCUAUUCUGACGUAUCCGCACGAGGUCGCGAGAACGCGUCUCAGACAGGCACCCAUGGCCGACGGGUGCCCGAAAUACACGGGUCUCGUGCAGUGCUUCAAGCUCGUGUGGAAAGAGGAAGGCAUGAUCGGCCUAUACGGCGGUCUGACACCCCAUCUUAUGCGCACCAUCCCCUCGGCCGCCAUCAUGUUCGGCAUGUACGAGGGCAUUCUCAAGCUCCUAGGCUCCAAGAGCUGA